GCAUCCUGUGUAUCUUCGAUGGUCGCAUACGUCCCUUGACGCGCACGAAGAUGCUCGGCAUCUUGCUGCUGUCUGCGGUACUCUGGACGUACGAAGCGCAGAGCUUGGAAGGAGAAUAUGCAGAGGAACAGUACGCUAAGCUGCAGCGCGACGCACAGCUCGAGAUGCCGCUGCAGGAGCUGCUAAUGGCUCCACUGGACAGCGACGAUCUGGACGCGCGACUUCAGCGCGCCUUCGUCCAAUGCCGGGAGCUCGGCGUGACCUCCAUCAUGUACGAUACAGCCACCGAUGCAGAUAUAGGUGUCUGGGAAGCCCUGGACGCGGACGACGUGGCCUACUGCAAUCGUCUGCGCUAUGUGCGACAACAGCGGCAGCACGCCCGAGAGAUGCGGAAGGCGCUGGUCUUAUCCCAGCAGAGAGAGGAUUCUAAGCAAGAGGUAGAAAGGAGAGGUGCAGGCGACGUGAGUUUCCAGGAAUUCUUUGAGCUGUACGCGGAGAAAUCUCGUCCAGUGGUGCUACAGCUGAAGGAGGACGAGAAGGACCCCGUGGCGCAGCUGCUGGGACUACAGACUAGCGAUGCAGAGACUGCUAUUAGUUCGAGCGUGAUGGCGACAUUUCUAUACGUUUGCUUUGGACCGAAGGCUGAAGAACAAAAUGGCUUCAAAUUAUGGUCGAUACGUAUUGAACACGAGGAGUGUGCUACCAUUCUAGACGCCACUUUUCGUGUGCCGAUCUACAUGACACAUGACUACGUGCAACGCACCAAUGCAUCUCGAUACGAGGCGUUCCUGCCUGCUAUUAUUGACCUCACCCCUGUCAAUAAUGCAGAGCUGGAGACUCCUCCAAAUACGAAGGAGAUCGUGGCGUGUCCGUACGGACUGCACAUGCUGGCGAUCCCUCUCGACGCCGCCGCUACUACGCACGUAUCGAUAUUUGACCGCAAGUUCGAGCCUAUCACGCCGCCUGCUAUAAUACAAGAUCAAUUACGAGAAGUUGCGAUAGGAGCUGACGCUAAUGUGGCGACAGAUUCAGAAGAUGCGACGGUGUUAGACACGGAUUACUUCCGACGAGUGCCGGAGUUAUACAGCGCUGAACUGAAGCAUGGAGACGUGCUCUUCGCCCCUGGCAGUGUUGUCUCGACAAUGCGUUCACUGACCUCAUCAAAAUCGACAAGACUACUGCGUUUCUGCUACUGCGAUGCUGCUAAUGUCAAGGAAGUUAAACAAUCUACUGGUCUAGAUGCCCUGCUAAUGACAAGUGAGCGUAAAGACGAGGGAGUCUACGCUUUACUCCAUGCACUUCAGACUCUAGGCUUCGACACCUCCUUCUCACGCCGCCCAACAGUUAGUGAUACUAGCUGGAAUUCCUACAUCAAAUGGCCACGUGAUCCCGCAUAUCUAACCAAGAAAAACCGAAGACAUAGAGACGACCACGAUGGCGAAGAAGAGCAAUUAUCACGUCGCGAAAGGCUUAAACAAUGGCAGGAUGACAAGCGGUGGGAACGGUACAUCUCGUCUCUCACUUUACCAGUAACGUGGCCACCUAUCAUCGUUAAUACGACUCGUACGACAGCCACACUACGCUGGCAAGAGCUCUACCAGCCUCUCAAACACGACCUUACCAGCUACGGAUACGAGGUGAGCUGGAAGCGCGAGGACCAGAUCGGAGAAGUGACAGAAGAGGCUGUAAAUGUGACCCGCGACCAGCUUACACGUAGUCGAAUGCCUUCGACAUUAUUCGGGGACGAUUUCGAUGGACGUGACCUUGAAGCAGUGAUCACUGGACUACAAGCCGAGACUGCAUACUCCUUUGCAGUGCGUCUUGUUGUGGGCGAAGCUCGAGGUGCUGCGAGUGGAGCUUCUCGCCGUAUUGUCACUAGUCCAUGUGCCCCUCCUUCCCAUAUUCGCGGUGUUCCAGAGGUUGUCAGUAUGGAGGAGACGUGUGUGAAUCUACGAUGGCUUGACGCAGAGGACGACGGAGGGAAAAGCAUUGACUUGUAUCUCGUAUCAACAGAGAAACUACCGGGAAGAGGAGAGGGAGGGGAUCUUAAUACUGGCAGAGGUGCAGAUAAUGGAGCGUUUGUUCGUGAACACGAGAGAAUUAUCGCAGUGAAUGCCAGUGCCGGUAAUAACCAAGUUAUUCAAGAAAGGUUAACGUCUGGCGCAUUGUGGUUAUCCACAAAGAUCUGUGGGUUAUUCCCUGGAGCAGCGUACACGUUUCGCGUUGCUGCGAUGAAUGUAUUGGGUGCUGGUCAUUGGAGUCACCGCAGUAGUCGAGUAGCGAUCGCUCCGCCACGUCGACUCUCAGAAAAUAGAGACAACUCUAAAGUCUUCGUUAUUCCGACGCUAAAAGGUGUGGGAAAUCCCGGUUAUACCGCUGUAACUGGAGUUAGUAUCCUCUCGCAAAGUGACUUAUCCGCACUAAUCGCCCAAGAUCCACAUCGUAUCCUUCGAGCCUCAGGAGCGCAAGUUGAAGACGACACUCUGACUCAUGUGGUAUUGUCCGAUAUAAGAGAACAAGUGCAGAUUGUUAGUAACAAUAGCGAAGGGGUCAUUGCAGUGGAGCGCACGUUUGAAGCUUGGACGGGUCACUACAGUCCACGGUUGUUUGACGUAUCGGCCGAGCUGAUUCUGGCAGAUCCACCCGAUGCUUCGCGACCGUUAAAGAAUGUUCAUGCUGUUCGUGAUCGAGUGCUGCUGGCAGUGCGAGGUGGAGUACCGCUUGUGUUCAAGGUACACCACGCUCAGCGAGCUGGUGCUUUGGGACUCAUUAUCGCCGAUGCAAAUGGGCACUGCGCUGGCGGGUUUGACCAGAGUUGUGUGCCUGGAUCCGAUAAGAUACGAGGUGAAGGGUUUGCAGCACAAGAGAGGCAUGUUCUAUGGGAUCAAGCACAUAUCCCGUGUGUGCUAGUGCUGAAGGAGGCAGCACAGGAACUCUUGGCGCGAUUCGGAGCGUAGAUGUAGAUGGCUGCACGUUGGUUUAGCCAACUUGGCUACGUAUCAUUUACGAUUGAGCGAUCUGCCGAGAAGAUCAUCCCUUCGUACAAUAAGUUCUCAGUAUUCACCAACACUUUACAGCUACAAGUGAAAUAUCAAUCAGAGUAUCUUGGAUUGCCUUGCUCGCAAGAACGCAAGACGGCUUGGAUGUGCUACAAAUAGUGCCUUUCAGAU